AUGAAAGUCAUUUCAAUAAAGGAGUUUAUUCUAUUUGCUUUAGUGACAGUGGUCUUUCUAACAUCGAAUAGUAUGUGCCUAGAUGAACCGAUUAAGUCCAGUCUGCAGAGCACGGAAGACUAUGGUGAUAAAUAUUACGAGAUUAAAGAUAAUAUCUUGGAAGAAAAGCAGAGGAGUCUCAAUUUUGAAGAAAUGAAAGACUGGGGAUCAAAAAAUAUCAUUAAAAUGAACCCUCCUACAGUAAACAAGAUGCCAAAUUCAGUUGCUAAUUUACCUCUUAGAUUCGGAAGAAAUUAUCCAGAAGAAAGAAGCAUUAAACCAAUUGCUAAUUUGCCUCUGAGAUUUGGGAGAGCUUUUGGAGAGAACACACUUAGGCAUGCUCCAAAGGUAUCACACAGGCUUGGGAGAUCUCCCCUUGUUAAAAGUUCCAGUCAAUCACUUCUAAAUUUGCCACAGAGAUUUGGGAAGUCACUGUCUGUCAAUCUGUCUCAAGAUAUUCAGGAAUCUGAACCAGAUUGUCUUAUUGAGACAAUGUUCGAGAUUUUGAUUUUUCAUUCCAAGUUAAGAUGA